GGGCGAGGGGGAACGCCAUCACACAGCGGUCGGGCAGCAGCAGUUCCUCCCGCGGCAGGCAGUCUGUCCGCACGGACAAAACAGUGCUUUCCCGUUCAUUCGCUGAUAGUGCUUUCUCUUCCUCUUACUCCUCUUCGGAGGUGUGUACUUACGUGGGUGUUUUAUCCGUUGCGCUGUGCACAGCUGCUAACUUACAGUUAUUUUCCUUGGCUUGGCCUGGUGGAGGAGCUGGGUCAAGCACCGCAGCAGAAAGCGAUGCCCGAUGGUUCCCAUUUCCUUUGAUAAACAGGUCUGGAUUGACUUGAACACCUGUGAACGUUACUGCUUUUUAAAUCAAUUGUUCCCCUACGGUGGAGUUGCAUUCCCUAUGAUCUGCUUUAUUUUUCUGCCAGAUGAUCAUCCUGUACCCCUGCAGUCCUCCCUUUGACCACCUGCUGUGAUAAUUAAACAAACAGUUGUUGUGACCAAGGUGGCACAGGAGAAGGCAGCACUUCACACGUGCGCAAAUCUGUAUGUGCUGUAAAGAGACUGGACCGAGAGAGAUCACUGACUGCAGCGCUGUAAUCUGUGUUUCCUCACCAGAGCGUCAGUCAGCAGGUUUAGUCUGUUGUCACCACGGUUUUGGACUGUUGCCUAGCUUUCAUUUAAACCAAGGUGAAGUUUCGGUGUGUGCUUAUUUGUUACCUGUUUACACCUGUAAUGUGGAAGCUGUUUUGGAAAUCUCCACUCUCCAGGGCUCAUUCACCCCAGGAAUUGCAAGCAAGCAGGUCUCUUAUGGUGGCAGUUUGUAUGGGACCCUAAAAACUCAUUUAACUGCAGAAGCUAGUUAACUUGGUUGCUGCCUGCUCUGGAAGAACUUGUACGUUUUGUAGCCCUACUGUGAGCCUUCCCAGCAUGCAAAUGCCUUGACGUGUUUCCAUGCGGAGUGCAUGCACACACAGCUCAUUCCCACGGCUGGUUUGAUUGAGGCACUUUUCCACGGAGACAUCUUCACCCCUGAAGAACAGCUGGCCCCAGGAGAGGUUUCCUCCUGCAAGAGAGAAAAUCGGUCGUCAGUUUCUGCUGGUAUUGAUUCAGAAGAAGAUUCAAAGUGUGUUACAAAUCAGGUGAAAGUGCUGGUUUUUAAAGAGCACUUAACACAUAAGUAUUGGCCAAGCUCAGCUUGAUCUCGUCCCUAGGAGAAAGAGAAGGAAUGUUUGGAUGACCCGUGUUGCAUGAUAGUAGACUAAGAGCACUCCCUUAAAAAUUAGGGUUAAAACUGCAGUUUCUCCUGAACAGUUACUUUAAGUGAAUACUAUUAUGAAGAUUUUGGAAACAUGUCAUCAAAUAAUAAUCUCAUCAAAACAAUUUGACACCCAGGCAGAAAAAGUGGACUAGACCACAUGAAGAAGCAUCUGAAGUUUAUUUUUUGCAAGAUUUUAUUUGGAGGACCAAAUACACUUUUACAGGCCAUUGGAGAUGAAAGAUUAACCACAUAUUUUUGUUUCCUUGAAGUGCCACUGUGUACUUAGUCAAUAUUGCUUUGUAUUAAGGACAAGUGCUAGUUUCUUAAUGUCAGCAUGUCAACUGUAGCAAGUACUGAGACACUGGAGGAAUCUAAACCUCCCCUCCUUGAAGAAAAGCCAAAGGAAAAAGCAUUAUUUCAGUUGGACUCAUUCUUUGCUAACAGGAGUGAAAAAUUUGUAUUUGCUAGGAGUGAUAGUGUACCAGAGGAGAAUGUUCUGAAAAUAACUAUCACAGAGACUACAGUCAUUGAGUCAGACUUGGGCAUCUGGAAUUCUCAUGCUCUCAUCUACCUCACUUUGUGGUUUUUUUUCAGCUUUUGCACUCUCUUUCUUAACAAAUACAUUCUUUCAUUACUGGAAGGAGAGCCCAGCAUGCUAGGUGCUGUUCAAAUGCUUUCAACCACCUUCAUUGGCUGUAUUAAAAUGUUUGUUCCAUGCUGUUUGUACCAGCACAAAACACGCAUCUCGUAUCCACCAAAUUUUAUUAUGAUAAUGCUGUUUGUUGGAUUAAUGAGAUUUGCAACAGUAGUGUUAGGGCUUGUCAGCUUGAAAAACGUGGCCGUUUCAUUUGCAGAAACAGUUAAAAGCUCUGCACCUAUUUUUACUGUUAUUAUGUCUCGAAUGAUAUUAGGGGAGUACACUGGAUUGCUGGUUAAUCUUUCUCUCAUCCCUGUUAUGGGUGGGCUAGCUCUAUGUACAGCUACUGAAAUCAGUUUCAACAUUCUGGGUUUCUCAGCAGCUUUAUCUACUAAUAUUAUGGACUGUUUGCAAAAUGUCUUUUCAAAAAAACUGCUCAGUGGAGAUAAAUACAGAUUUUCAGCCCCAGAGCUUCAAUUCUAUACCAGUGCUGCUGCAGUGGUUAUGCUUAUUCCGGCUUGGAUAUUUUUUAUGGAUGUGCCAGUAAUUGGAAAAAGUGGAAGGAGCUUCAGCUACAACCAAGAUGUCAUUGUACUUCUCUUAAUAGAUGGAGUCUUGUUCCACCUGCAAAGUGUUACAGCCUAUGCCUUGAUGGGAAAAAUUUCUCCUGUGACUUUCAGUGUUGCUAGUACUGUGAAGCAUGCGCUAUCAAUCUGGCUAAGUAUUAUUGUGUUUGGUAACAAAAUCACAAGCCUCUCAGCCAUUGGGACUGUUCUAGUGACAAUCGGAGUUCUGCUAUAUAACAAGGCAAAGCAGCAUCAGCAAGAAACCAUACACAGCCUGGCAGUUGCGGCCCCACAACCUGCACAAACUACAACUGAAGAUACUGAGCCGCUAAUCUCCAAGGAUUUGAAACCAUAUGAUUGAUAUGGCCAUUUAUUCUCCCAAAACAGCAUAACUCAAAGGAACUCUUUCUGAAAGUGGCUGUUUCUUCAACAGUUGAGGAUGAUUUGGUUCCUUUGAGUUCACAGCAAGGCAAGACUGGGACUUGGAGCAGAGAGAAAACAGUGGGAAGAAUCUAGUAAGCCUUGAUUUACUGAGAAACUGAUAUACUGAACAGAGGACCUAAUGUCAUAUAAUGUGGUAAAUACAGGCUGUGUAAUCUGUUCUUGACUACAAAUAAUAUACAAGCUUAUAUUAGAAAAAAGUCUUCAGUGUUUUGUAGGAAAAUGAUUCCUUUCUCUACCAAAAUAGCAUGAAAACAUCAUUGUCUUCUGCUUGCUUGGUAUGGAAUGAACCCACUGCUUAACUGAUAUUCCUAGCUGUUUGUGACUGUACUACAUCCUCUAUCAUUUGUUUGUAUCGUAGAGCUGGAAGGAAGAACCCCCUCCUCUCCCAACAAAUGACUUUUUUGGUCUAUGCUUAGUUCAAGUAAACUAUGAAAAUAAUUCCAUGCACCCAAAUAAUGAUGAGCAGCUAUUUCUGACUAGAAAGCUAGCAUGGAAAAGUGAUUUUUUUUUUUCUACAUGAAAAUGUUGCAGCUUAGUUGUGUAUUGACAAUAUUGAAAUACAAAUAUAUACAUAUGCUGUAUAAAGCAGAGGGUUUAAAUAAAUAUUCUCAAUUGCUCACAGGUAAAAACCACUGAAAAUCUGUGGUUAUAAAGGAGGCAGGAUCCAUAUUUCUAUAAGAAACCAUUUUAAUUAUUUAAAUAUCUUGCAGUUUGUAAUGUAUUUCUGUUAUGAGGAGAUAUUUCAAUUUUUUAUUUCUAAGAGUGCAACAAAAAUACUGCCUUUUAGACACUCAGGGUUACAACUCUGUCUCUGGCCUAUGUGCAUAGUGUUUCUGUCAUUUCCAGUUAGGUGAAGUAUCUUCGAGGUAUCUGUGACAGAGCUGGAAGAGAGACAACUUAAGAGGCGAAUUCUAACCAUAAACUGAGACUACAUCUUUAUUUCUGUUGCUUUUAAUAAUUUCUAAAUUUAAUGUGAUAGGCUGUCAGCUUUUGUUUCUUGCUAGAUAAAAGAUCAGAAGUUCAAUAUCUAGCUUUUCCUUUAAAAAUACUAAAUGUAAGUAGGAGAAUAUGAACUUUUUUUUUUUUUUUCAAAAGAGCAUAUGAUGUGCUACAGCAUCUGGAAGAACCUUCAAAUUGAUUUUUGGGGGAAAAAUUUAAAUUAAUUAAAAUGAACUUCAUUGUAAUAAUUGCCUUUAUUCUGAAAGCUAAUAGGUUGUCAUUAUAAGCAUGGAUAAAGUGGUCUUUACGAUAAAAAUAUUUUAUAAUAGGAAGUUACAAGUGGCGCUCCUCCGAAAGUAAAGCACCUGCUUACAUUUCCAAUGUGAGCAAUUCCAUUAGCUUUAGUGGACUUUCCCUGUGGAGGCCAAAAAUGUGUUCCCAAGAUAGGCUAUCUGAAAAAGCCUUUCUUCUGAUUCUGUUCAAUUAGCAUGCGUUUAUUUUUGUUGUAUUAUGCUUACUUCACACAGUGCUAUAUAUGACUGGUUGCCUGGGGUAUAUACCCUGAAGAUUCUUAUUGGGGAAAAAAUGUAACUUUUUCAUCACUGUACGCAUUGAUGUUUGAUUUGUUUUGUCAUUACUAAUAUUACUUGCAAAAUGCUGUGGACUGUGAGGCAGAGUUCUGUUUUUCAGUUUUUUUGGUGGUUUUGCAUUUAAUAAUCUCUGUAGAUUUGGCAGAAACCAAAGUCUAUUUUGCAUUAUGUUUCUACUUUUGGGGAAAGACAGGAGGGUAAGUGGCUUUCUGGUUGUCUAGCUCAGUUUUCAUGUAAUCUGCUUCAUUUUAAAAGGUAGUAGACCUUUGCCUUUCCUGUUACUGGAAGAGUUUUGUGAAACCAUACAGCUGGGAGGAUUUUGCAACUUGUAAUUUCUAACAUACUGGAGUUUCUUAGUGGCUGGUUUACCCCACCUGAUUUGUGGUGGAGAGGAUGAGCAGGAUAAUUCAGUUCAGGAGGGUUUUGUUUUCUUUUCACAAUGUUUUCCUCUUACGUACUUUUAUUUGCAGUCUUCUUGGCCUUUAUUUUUAUUAGGCUUAACAAACCAACCUUUUUUACUAUCCACUUGUAAGAAAGACCUCUCUUCCUCUUCGUAAAUAUGCUGCUUUAUAAUGUUGCUACCUUACUGUAUUUAUUCUGUACACAUUAUCUAUUAAAGCAACAGGAGCUGACAGCCCUGCAUGAAAGCUUUUGGAUUCUGAUCAUUGCCUGGGUUGAAAGACAGACCUUUGAGGUGUUUUAAACAUGCAAAACAGUUCUCUAAAUAGUUUUCCUCUUGGAAAACAUGGAAAACUUCACAUUUCCAAAAGCAAAAAUGUAUCUGCUUAUUAGCAGAAGGACAUUCUCAGUUGUUAUGCAUGAUUCUACUGCAUCAAAAUGGAUAUACAGCUCUAUUUCUGGGAUUUCAUGCAGAUUUCAGUGUAUAAAUAUAUAAUUAAUUAAAUAUGACUACUAGUAGUAAGCCAGAUUACUGCAGGUUUAACAAACAGAGCAACAUUAGGCAUGUAAUAUUUUAAUGUAUAGUUCCUGGAGAGAGGAUGUUUCACAAAAAAAAAAAAAAAAAAAAAAAAAAAAAACCCAAAAACAAACAAACAAAAACCCGCUAGGCAGAGUUUUGUUUCUUACUCCCUCCCUCAGUGCUGAAAUGAUACAAGUGCUUAUUGAAGAAAAUGCAGAUUUGAAAAUGUAAGAUGUUACUUGCAGCAGUUAACAUCUCAAAAAUGACAAAUUUCCCCACUUAAAAAGAUGCGUAAUGAAACAACUGUGCAUGCACAGUAAGUGCAUCAUGCACUUACUGUAUUUUAACCUCUCUUCAUGGUGAAGUAAUUUAACCAUGUUAACCAUGUAAGUGUGUUUACUUCUAUAUGUGUGUAUUCUUAACUGAUAAUCCUAUAAAACUUUUAAGAAUGGCUCUUCUCACACUGAAUUCAUGCAAAUUCUCCGUCAUGUAUUAGUUCUGCUGCCAUUAUAAAAAUGACUUCUUGGAAAUAUUUUUUGGUAUUAUGCUUUAUUCAAAUAAAUAGUAAAAUUGAUCCUUUAUGCCCAUCCCUAUAAUUACAUAUUAAAAAAAAAAGAAAGAAACAUGCUGUGAUAAGUUUCUCCUUUUCUGCUACUCUACUUUGUCUGUAUUUUUUUGUUGUUGAAUGGGCAGAGAUUGGCAGUUAUUUAUAUCUUCCUGCCCAGUGUUAAGACUGAUAUAUUGUAAGAGAUAGAUGUUUUGACAAUUACUUAGCGAUUUUUGCUGCUUACCAUUGUGGCCAUUGGAGAUCUGUUUAAUCCCACUCAGUCUGUGGGCUCCCAAAGCCAGCUCAUGCAUGGUCUAGAAUGACACUGUACUUCAGAACUAGAAUGUUUGCCUUGUUUUUUCAAUAUAAACUUGGAAUUAGGAUGAUGAUUGUACUGGAAUCAUGAUUUGAGAAAAUGUUUGUAUUGCAGCACAGCAGUUUUGUUUGGGUGGUGAGGCAGCCUGCUGUGUGUGAAAAAUAUUCUUUUGUCAAAGAUGUCACACUUCCUGGUGAUACCUCUUUUCAAGUUGAUCUCAUUUAGCAGAUGAGUAGCUCUAGUCUCUUAAGAGGCUGAUUGUAAGGGGGUGUUGAGCAAAAAAGGCAUUUUGCAUUCAGUAGGGCGAUGUGGCUGGUGUUCUGAAUUAUGAAAUAGGUUUCACUCUCGUUACAUUUAUAGCCAAGUAAAGACAUUAGUUUCUCAGUUUGUGUGCACACUUAUCACUGUUAUUGGUCAUAAUAUGUAAGGUUACACAUAUAAUCUUGGGAACCUAAUCACUGAAGAUGUUCACUAAGACAAUAAAGGCUGUGACAAGUCUGCUUUCUAAAUAAACUUUGUAGCAUAAGAUACGCUUCACCCUUGGAACUGUAGCUGAUUUUUGAGCUUGUAACUCAUGAAGUUCUUACGGUUGAGAAAGCCAAGCACUCUUUAUGCUUGCUGAAGAAAAGCAUUUACUGUGAUUAGUUUCUGGAUUCUUUCUUAAGAGUCAAACUAGUGACCUUUAGGAAAUGCCAUCUUGUUUGUCAGUCUGAUGAGCAGAGACUUCAGCUGUGUCAUACCCUCUCCUAACAGUCUCAGUGAAUGACAUGGAAGAGAAGAGGAUACCUGAAAGGCAUUUACUUGUAGAGACAACUGUUUAGUGCUGUGGCAGUGACAUGAAUUUAGACUCUUGGAGCCCAGUCUUGGCUAAUCUAGUCAUGCAUUUAUUCAUGAAGGAAGACUGGAGUGCUGCUUUUGAAGCAGGCAGAAGCCUGUGCCAGAAAACUGUGGAGGAGUAUGAGGUGCAUUCAUAACCUGGGUAUUGACAUUUAAAUAAGUGAUUGCUUUUAAAUAGCCCUUCUUCUGAGAAACUUGAAGAUGUUGUACCUCUAGUUGCUUCAUUGUCAAAGCCAAACCUUUAUGUAUUUGAUACCAAAAUAUGAGUGUGCGACUGACAUAAACUGCACAUAGUCUUUUGUACACAUUUUGUGAAAGUAGUUUGUAUAUUUACUGUUGACUAUUUAUGUGAGGUCUGGAUACUUUCUAAGUAGUGCAGCUGCCUUGGCUAUAGCAUCGGUGGUAGCACAUGCAGGAUCUCUGUUAAAUCCUGUGGAUGUUUAAAAAUGUUCCUGUGCUUUAAUUAAUCUUGGAAAGAAUAAAGUUCCCGCAGCGUC